GUGCGUGUGCGUGCGUUUGAGAGAGCGAGUGGGGCGGGAGGGGGUGACGAAAGAGUUGUCGCGAGUGGUUGUGCGCGGGGCCGGCGAAGGGGCAAGGAGAGGAUGGCUACCGAGUCACCGAGGGUCGAGUUCGCCCUCGGCAGCGAAGUAUCGCCGGGACAUUUCUUUAAGAGCAGCUUCGCCCGCUCCUUCGUAAGCGCCAGCAGCCGCGACUCCACCAAAUCCCUCGACUACGACUUCUACGAGAACGGCACCAUUGCCGAGGAGCCAGUCGACGUUGCGCCCGAUAACGCCAACAACAACUUCUACUCGCUGGUGAAUUUCGCGCCGGACGUCGGGCAGCCUAACCCCUCGAGCUGGAGGCCCGGACAGCCGAGUCCCGCAAACGGAGAGGCGUCGGCAACGGAGCUCAACGAGCUGGAAAAACUUCGAAAGCAAUGCCAGGCGCUAACGGAGGAGAACGAGAGGCUGCAGGCGAGUCUGAGAAGUCAGCAGGCCCAGGUACAGGUGAUCGACAAUGUCUACCUUCAGAGCCAAGUGGACACGCUCCAGUGGCAGCUUAAGCAGAGCGAGGCCAAUCGCCAGAUGUACCGAUCGCUAAUGGAGCAGGUGGUGCGCUUCCUGGAGCGCGCCCGCAAGAGCCUCGACAUAAUCCACGAGAAGUCAUUGGGUAAGAGCGCGACGAAGGACAAGUCCCGGGUGCCCCGCUCGCGUAGCGUCCACGCGGUCCAAGCGGACCAUGGUGGCUCGCCGAGUUCGUCAUGCGCCUCUUCGACGACCUCCUCCACGUCUUCGGCCUCGUCCACGUCUUCGUCCUCGUCGCGCUUCGGCCGAGCCAAAUCCGUCGCUCAGAUACCGGCUAAUUGCAGUGGUCCCGUCACUGUCAGCGCCGCCACGAGUCUUCGCGACUUUACGUGGUCGGUGCUCAGGAGGAACGAGCCCGCGCACUCGGCCUCCCCGAGGACGAAGCCCCUGCCACCACAACUGGCCCACGCUUCGGCCAGCGUCCAGGAUGUCAACAAGGCGCACGAGAGCAUAGCAUACAGGAGGCCCAGGCAGUCCGAGAUCGAUCCGGAUGAUGUGCCGCCGGAGAAGCUGGCGCAAGAGGCCUUCAGAUUGAUGCGAACGGUGCAGUCGCUGCUGGUGAUGCGCGAACCCGACCUCGCACGACUGAGCGCCAGCCAAGAGGCCGUGGCGUCGGCUUGCAUCCUAGACCAAGGUCCGGACAUAUCCUCGCUGUCUCUCCAGAGUAGCUUCGCCAACUCGACGACGCUACAGGAGACGCCGAUGGCGGUCUGCGCGAGCGGUGAUCGGGCCAACGACGUCAACUACUGCUGCACGACCGACGACGAGGUCGGCCGCGGUGCAUUCGGCUCGGGAAAGGUCUCUAACGGCUCCUCGACGUCUGCUCACCUCCUCAAUCCAGGGACAAGGCAGUCAAUCGACGCGGCCUCCUUGAACUCCACUAGCAGCAAGAACACGGAGGACGAGGACGGCAACAGCAACAGCAACAGCCUCAGCAGCAACAGUUGCUACAGGGAACAUAUCAACGUCUCCACGCCGACCUCCACACCGCACAAUCGCAAAGUGAAGAAGUCGGACAGGAAGGAGAUGCACUUAAAGGCGCUUCGCGACUGGGCGCUUGGCAAUUCGGGCGGCUCGGUAACGUCAAGGCCGAAGCCAGCCACGAGUGUGAGCAGCGCCGAGGAUGAGAGCGGCUUCUCUUCGAUGUCGUCCUUCCAAGAGGUCGGGCUGCCCCAGGUCGCGAAUCUUUCGCCCAUCAAGGGCGGAUGCCAUACGGAGGUCGGGCUGCCGGAAGUGCCGCUCGAGAAGAUACGCCACAGGCGCUGGUCGUCCACGCCUGCCGAGUUCCAGGCGCUUUUCAAACGCCACAGCGGCAGCUUCGCCAGCGGCGGACAGACCACCGCCGAGUCCCUCAGUGUCUGGGUUUAAUUGGCC